UCUGUCUUUGCUGCAGAGGUGAUGGAGGUUUUUGACAGGUCUCCCACGGACAAGGAGCUUGUGUCCCAAGCCAAGGCCCUCUGCAGAGACUACAUAAAUUCGAGGCUAAUUCGAGCGGGUGUCAGCUGGAGCAAACCCGAGUACAACGCACCAGUGCCCGGCGGCAAGCUGGCCGAGGUGUCGUCCAUACUGCUGCGGCUAGGGGAUGAGCUGGAAUACAUUCGCCCCAAUGUCUACCGGAAUAUCGCCCGCCAGUUGAACAUCUCGCUGCACUCAGAAACUGUGGUGACGGACGCCUUCCUGGCAGUGGCUGCACAGAUUUUCACUGCAGGCAUAACGUGGGGCAAGGUGGUGUCUCUCUACGCCGUGGCAGCUGGGCUGGCAGUGGACUGCGUGCGGCAUGCACAGCCAGCCAUGGUUCACACCAUCGUAGACUGCCUGGGAGAGUUUGUCCGCAAGACCUUGGUGACGUGGCUGAAGAGGAGAGGAGGAUGGGCGGACAUCACAAAAUGUGUGGUGAAUACCGACCCCAGCCUUCGCUCCCACUGGCUUGUGGCCGCUGUUUGCAGCUUCGGUCACUUCCUCAAGGCUAUCUUCUUCGUCCUGCUGCCUGAGAGAUGAAUCCGAGUCGCCAAGUGCAGCCGCCCCUACCCCAUCUCUCCCCACCCCACUCCAGAAGCAGUGGUAACGGCAGUCUCGGAGGAGGAGAAGGAAGAGAAGAACGGGGACACACUAAAGGCUUGUUCUCCUCUUCCUUCAGCUGGGAGCAGAUGAGCAACCACAGACUCCUUUUUGCAGCCGCGGGAGCCUCUCUCACCAUUCAUCCUUUCAAGAUCCUUGUUUCCCUGGGUGAUUCGUGUGUGUGGCCUGGACGUUGCCAGUCCCCAGGCGCGCUGGUUGCUGCUGCGUGCAGCACGGCCUGUCAGGCAUCGGCUCCUUGUGGCUGUGUUGCAUGCUUCUGCUAGUGCCAGGCAGAGGGGAGGAGGAGGGGGAUGUCAUCUGAAAUGGGACAGAAAACAGGAGAGGGGGAGAGUCCCUCCUUUGCUCUGUGUGGCUCCCCUUUCAGUCCUCAGACUUGCCUUGCCUGGAUUCUUCUUACAUUUGCGCUUAAAUUUCAUCUCCUCCUGUAUACCUGACCCUGACUCGCUGGGCUCUGCCCCCAGCACAGCAUGGUGGAGCGGUUUUACCGUGGCAAAGCCAAAGGUGCUGGUGUCUGAUGAUUCUCCCUGCUGCCUCUCAGCAAUCAGACCCAGUGGCAGGGCGAGAGGGCAGCUGCAUGGGAUGUGGUUUGCAUGUGUGUUUCAUUGACCCCUCUCACGUGCCAUUUCAAGCCAGAGAGCAAGGGGCAGUGCCUUCAAGCAACAACUCGGGACUGGAUUUCAUAACAAAGAAGAAUGUGUUCUCUGCUGGGGUUUCCUCAGAGCUAAGCGUGUGGGUAGGAAAGGCUGGGGGGCAUGGGCAGGAAUUAGGGAAACAGUAAGUGAACCGUCUGGUGUGGUGAAGGGCGAAAGUUGUGUCAGAAGGGGCUGAUUGAUGUUUCUCCUUUAAUGUCUUCGGAAGUACAGCUCACAGUCGUCUUUGUGGCAAACAAUAAAAGAAACUAGGUGGUGUUUCAUUAUUGCGAAGGGUAUUGUAUUUGUUUCCAGAGUUAAAAAUUCCAAAAAAGGCCAGAACAGUGCAGAGACAAACACUUGGGCCAUGCUAAAAAUACUCCAGCUUUUCCCCUGGUAGGACAUGUUAACGUGUUAGAACUGCGACGGCCCGGUUCGUGCUGGGAGUUUAACCCCUGGUGUUACUGCAUUGGAAACGUGCUGCUUGCACUGACAGAGGCCGGGGCCUCGCUGCCGUCGGCAGGGAAAGGCUGCGGAGCCUCUUUGCUGCCAAAGCCUCGCAGGAGAUGCCCUGCUCGCUGCCUGGCUCCCAGGAGUGUGGCGUCGCAAAACCUCCCCGUUCUGGAUUAAGAACAUGUGGUGGUACAGGAGAUUUUACCGUUUGGGGUUUUUUUUCCCUGAUUUCCCUCCCACCCCUUGUGUUUAGAGGGGCUUUACUGCUUCCAUCCAGAGGUUACAGAUGGGUUGGAGGAUAAGGCAGAGCCUUAGGUUACACCUGUGCGACGGUUCCUGCUAGCAGCUGGUGCUGAGCUCUGACCAGUGGGACUGCUGGCAGGGGAUGCCUUGGUGGCCGGACCCUGGCAGGCUCCUGCUUUCCACUGCUCCAGCCUUUUGCACGUCUGCUGAUGCCUCGACGUGCGGGUACCAGGCCCAGCUUUACUCCCCAUGCCGCACCUGCAGUGAAGGAUGCUCUACCAGCUCGCACUUUUUCAGGAGUGAAGUAAUUCUUGUCAAGUAAAACCUGUGAAAGAAAACCCUCUCCCAUCCCCAGGCGCCCAACAGGAACACCCACCGUGGCGGAGAAAGCCUCCAGUUCGUACCGAAGCUGCGUGCUGCCUUCAGCAGUGUCAAGGCAGACUUUGGCUACGCUAUUAAAAGUUGGGGGGGUUUAUCCCGACAAAGUUCCCAGCAUGGAUGCGGCUGAUGUUGCUCUGAGGUUGGUGCAUCUUUUGGGUGUGUAAAGCUUGCAGCUCUUCCCCAGAUAAAACCAAAUUGCCAAAGGAAUAUUAUUUUUUUCCUUCCUGACAUAAUUAUAUUGGUGUUAGGGGGUUUGCUGGCUCCUCUCCCACUUGGGAUUUUCUUCCUUAGGUUCUGGAUAGCUCCAGCUAUGGCAUCCUAGAGCAGGUAUACGUGGUGAACUGAACGCAUCGCGCUUUGCGCAGCCCGGAGGGGAUCCAAAGCAGCCAAAGCCCUGCAGGUCGCUGCAGGGGGUGCAGCUUCAUUGUCGUAAAGGGGCUUAGGAAAAAGUAAAGUUGGGACUUUCUGGACAUGCCCCGGCUGCACACAGAUUUUGGCUCGGGCGGUCUCAUGGCUGACAAAGCCCCGCCCGCUGCAUCGCGCCGGGUGUUUUGUGAAGUGCAUGUGAGUUAACGGAGCCAGCGCCUGGGCCCAGCACUGGCGCUGCCCAGACCUUUCUCAAUUUAGAUGCUGUUUGAAAUGUGAUCGUUAAGGCUGUGGCUGCUUUUUCAGUGAACAGUUACAUAUCGGAGGGACUCUUGAGGAACAUAAAGGGUUAAAUGCACCAAUUAAGUGGGUCUAACAAAAAGAUAAUGGUAAGCCAAAUA